CGUCUGCAACUGCUGUUACAUUGUAUGCAUGUCGCAGACGAGAGGUGUUCCAUUCAAACGUUUGUUUUUAAGGAACGGGGAUAUCUAGGGCCUACAGCUGUUUAGACCUAUCCACUUUGGAUUUCUGGAGAAUGGAAGAAUGUUUCACUGAUUCCCUUAUUGAAGAUGCCGUACAGUUUUUGGAUGUUACUGGAAACAUUCAGCGAAUCAGAGACACAGCUCGUAAAUUUCUGAGCAUGUCAAAGGAAUUGUUGGUCUACAAAUUUGAAGUUGUUGUUGAUGCCAUAAAGUUGAUGGACUUAAAUGCUUCCCUUGGAAAUCUCCUUAUCUUUCAUCCCUCGAAUGCAGAUGCAUUAUUUAAAAAGGUGGUUUGUAUAAUCAUUAAAGAGCUAGGCUUGUUAUUACCAUGCAUCUCAGAAAACCAGAUCACUGUGAGAACAAAGCUAACAUCAUUACCAAGAUCCAGAGCAACAGAAGUCAAAACAUACAAUCAACUGAGCACUUGUGGAAAAGGAUAUGUCUGCUGCACUGGUGUUGUAGUUGGGAAAACCGAGACAUCAAAAUACACUCAAAGUACACAGUACAUUUGCACAGAUAAAUCUUGUGAAGGAAGUGAGGAAAAUCAUUUCAUUAGAAUACAUGUUCCUGGAGCUCUAGAAAUUGAAACCAUUAGGAAAGAUUUCAAAUGCAGAUUUUGUGGACAGAUUUUAGAAGAAGUUGUCUCCUGUAGGCACCUAUCGGAUAAAAUGAUGGCAGAAGUGAUCCCAGAGAGCUACUUGAAAUGCAACAAUCUCUCAAGAUUCAAGCAGCAAAUAAUAACAUUGCUGUUAAGAGAUGAACUCACAGUGGCUCUGAAAAUAGGACAAAAGUACACAUUCAUUGGAAUAGUCAGAAAGGAUUCCUCUUCUGAUAGAAUCAUCACAGCCAUAGAGGUGAACAAUGCGUUGGAAGAUUAUGUUUCAGAAUGUACAAGUAUACCAAAAAGUAUUGAGGUAUAUUGUAAAUAUAAGAGGAAGUACAAUUUGCCCAAAAUGUUGGCUUACGUCUUUGGAGAUCAAAUCUGUCCUCCGGGAACAUAUAUGAAGCUCAAGUUGUCAUGUUUGCUAAGUCUAGCAUCAGCAUCACAGACACAGGUCCAGCAUGUACAUGUGCUAGCCAUUGGUAGAGACACAGAAAUUCUGCACAGAUUGCUCCAGUAUUCUGUGCAAUUUACUAACAGGAGUUUAGUAUUUUCCUCUGGAAACCAUCUUGUAUCCAAGGUUAUACCAGAUAGAUACAACAGUUCCAGUUAUUUAAUUGAAGGAGGUACACUGUUGUUAGCAAGUGAUGGUAUUUGCUAUCUAGGGGAUGUCAGCAAAUUCAAAAAGCAAACCUUUGAGAAACUUCAAUCUGCAUUAUCGAGUGGAAAAGUGCUGAUUGAUAUAGACAGUAAAUUUACAAAAGGGCUGGCUGUAUCCAUUGAGCAACCAUUAAAGUGUAGUGUGUGGGCUUAUACUGACAAGUUACACCAGAGUAGACUGAAAGAAGAAUUCUUCGGAGAUGGAGAAACGAGCUCUGUUCUGAGAGCCUUGUCAGAAGGUUUUAGCAUUGUUCAGAUUAUAGAUGGGGAUGAGCUCUCACACAGUGAAGAAGUGGAUUUCCACACCUCUUACCAAACCCUGAAAAUGUCAAUGGAAGAAGCAGAGAACAGUUUCCAUUUUCCUGUGUCCUUCAAUGAUAUCGAGAAAUAUUUAAAGCACUCCCAAAAUCUUCAAGUGAAAAUGAGCUCAGAAGCUGAAAAACUCCUUCAUCGAUAUUACCUUGCAACAAGGAAAGCCAGAAACUUGUCUAAUGGCAGCAUUAUAACAUCUAGUGCUUUAUCUGCACUAAUAUCUAUGGCAGAAGGUCAUGCAAGACUUUGUCUUAAAAGCUAUGUAGAAGAAGAAGAUGCACUUGAAGUAAUUCUGUUGUAUGAGGAAUCUUUGACUGCCAUGUUUGGUCCCUCAGUAUUAAGUGUUCCUCCUCUGCCACAUAUCCCAGGAGACCUCAUUGAUGACUACCUAGAUAAUCAGAAAAACAGAUCUGUCUUACAGAGAUUCAAAGCUAGAUUGCAACAAUUUGGUGACUUGCACCCAGGACAUGAAGAAUGAUGAUAUUUGUAUUAAUGUGGAGUGGAUUUGUAGAUAUCUUGAGGAGAAGAGAUCUGCUGUACCUUACAGACUUGGGGAAUUCCCAAUACAAAUCCAAUCAUACAUGCUGCAAAAGUAAAGAGAGUCUUAUGUCUCCUGAGGACCCGAGGAAAGACAUCUGCAAACCCACUAAUGACUGUCUCCAUCAUUGCAAACUGUCAAACCAAUAUGCAUUGAUUAUUUAAAAGAAACAACAUUGUAUAAAUUUUACUUAGAUAAAAAGUAUUUGAACUUAA